AUGAAACAACUUGAUAUGGUUUAUUUAAUGAAAGUAGCACUUCAUGUCAAAGACAUGAAUGACAUUCAAAACAUUGAAAUGAUUAACAAGAAAUGUGGAAUUGCAAUUAACUCAUUGAAAGUUAAUCCAUGGUUCACAUCAGAAAGAGAUAUUAAUAAGUUUUGUAACAUAUUUAAUCCACCAACAUGUAAUUGUAAUUUACUUCCUGUUGAUGAAUCAGUACUAAUGAAAGUUGAGAAUAUUAGAAAUUAUGAAUUAGGCAGUUUCUGUCGCACAUUAAAAAUAGUAAAUGCAAACAAUCAGUUUGAUCCACAAUAUCGAAAAAUGACAGAAGAAGAAAAGGAGCGAAUGGCUAAAAUUAUUCAAAAAGUUGAAUCAAUGACAUGUUUUUCAAAUAUUGUGAAAGAAAUGAUGGAAGUGGUUGUUCAAAAUAUGAAGAAAGGAAUUAAAAUAAGAAUCAACGAAAUUUGUGCUGAGCAAUUUGAUGAAAUCUUUGAUAAAAUGAAAAUAGAAGAAUCAAUGUAUCCAAGCGAAAUGAUAAUUUAUGGAAGAAUAAAUAACAAUUGGAUUAAGGCUAGAGAGAAUAAAAACAUUAUUAUCAUUUGUGAAACAAGAGGUCUCAUUGAACAAGAAAGCGAAAUAAGUAUACCAAAAGGUAUUACAAUUUAUUCUUCAAAUAUUCUUUUGGUGAAACCAAAUAAUGAAACAAAUAUUAAAUUUGUUAGAUCACCAAGUGAUUCAUUAUUUUCAAAUGUAAAAGUAAAUGUAUUUAGUCAACCCAGAUUUAAUGAUAUGCCUAGUGUUACAGUGAGUAUAGAAGAUAUUAUUAAUGAAGAGAAUAGAAAGAAGGUUUAUAAGAUUCUUGAUGAUCUUUAUGUUAAUUCUAUUUUAUUUACCCCUCCAAAUCAACAAACAACUAGAAAUAGUACCAACUCACUACAGAAUAAAAUACCACAAUUACCUGAAUAUAUCAAAUACAUUUGUCUUCAAGCAAGAAUGCCAAAUUUAAUAAUCGAUGACAAACAAUUGGAGUAUUUAGAAGUAGGUGUGUGUAACUCAAUUAUCGAACUUAAAUCAAUAAACAAUUUAAAAAAGUUAAAACUACAUGGAGUUAAUGAAAUAAAGAUAAAUCAAAUGAACGAAGAACAAGAAAUUACAACAACAAACAACAGAAAAUACUGGAAAGACAUACAAGAAAAUAUAGGCACAUUCCCAAAUCUUGAAGAACUUCAAUUGAGCUAUUGCUCUAAUUUAAAUAUUAGUUUAAUAUCAAAUAAAUUGAGGAGUGUUAAAGUGGUUGAAUGUAGAGAUUGUCAAAUUAAUAUUAAAUCAGAUUGUAUUGAAAGAGUGAAAUUAGAAAGAAAUAAACAAACACAAUUCAAAUUAUCAACAAAUAAAUCAAGUAAUAUUUGUAUUAAAGAAUGUAAAAAAUUCACAUUGGAAAUAGAAUCUGAUAAUGAACAAAAUAUUGAAAUAUUAAGAGGAAGCCAGAUUAAUGUAAAAUCAAAAUGUCCAAUUAAUAAAUUAAUAAUAGUAGAAUCUUAUGAAGUUAGUAUUAGAGGAAAUGAAAAAUGUAAUACAAUGAAAGUAAUUGAAUCUAUAAUCAAGGAAAUUGACAGUAAACCAAAAAGAAUUAUAUUUAAAUUAAUUAAAGAAUACAUUAAAGUACCUCUGAAAGAAGCAGAAGAGAUAUAUAUUGUAUCAAUGAAAGAUUAUAUCUUUGAAGAAUUAUUUGAUAAAUGUAAGAAAUUAUGUAUUGAUGAAUGUGAGAAUUGUCAAUUCAUAAUCAACAAGAAUCAAAUCAAAGAAAUGAAAAUAACAAAAUGUAAAAACACAGAAAUCACAGGGAAGUUAGAUAAUAUUGAAGAAAUCAUCACAAUAGAUAAUGAAGAAUGUAAUAUUCCAGAAACAAAGAAAGUUAUAAAAGAAGAUACAGAAAUAAUAGAAAUAAAUAAUACAAAUAAAGAUAUAGAAAUAGAAACAGAUAAAACCCAUAUUAUAAUAAGAAAUAUUCAUGAACGUAAUAUUAAAAUUAAAAGUAAUAUUAACAGUGAUGUUACAAUAGAAAAUUGUAAAAAUAUCACACUUGAAGGAGAAUAUGAACACUAUGGAACUAUUCAAUUCAUUAAUUGUAAGAGUAAUAAAGAAACUGGAUUUAAUAAUCAAGAUAAUAGAUCAACAAUAGGAUAUGCUAGAUCAAUAUCAAUUAAUAAAUGUGAGAACAUUGAUUUUGAAAUUUAUGGCACUAAAAAGUUAUUAGAAGUUAUUGAUAGUAAAGUGCGUAUUUCAGUAAGGUCAUGUUCUCAUAAUAAACUAAGCAUUGACACAAUACAUAUUGAAAACUCUGAGUUAUAUAAUUUUGAUUCAUAUUUAUCAUGUAACAAAGCAAUUUUAAAUAACAGUACUGGAGUAAACGAAAUCAUUCACCAAUGUGAAGAAGAACUUAUAAUGAAAAGAAUAAAUGAAACGCAAUUCAUGUUAGACCAUUUUUUAAAGAAAGUUGAAAUGGAAGAAUGUAGUGGAAUUGAUAUUAAGGAUGAUGUUAAAGGAAAAGAAGUUAAAAUGAUAAGAUGUCAUAAUAUGAAGAUAAUUGAUACAUCAAAUUCAAUCAACCAGAUUGAAUGUGAUAAUAUUGAAGUAAUAACAGAACAACAAAACAGAAUGAUGGGAGGAUUUGGAAUGAUGGGAGGAUUUCCUCAUAAUAAUAUGCCAAUGAGAGGAUUUGGAGGUGGUAAUAAUAUUCCAAUGGGAGGAUUUAUUCCUGAUAAUAUGCCAAUGGGGGAGGAUUUGGAGAUAGAUUCGGUAUUUAGUGAAGAAAGUAAUGAUGAUGAAUAA